AUGCUCCUUGAUCUUGGACUUGACCCUAAUGCGCCCCCGAAAAAUGCUGACCCUCCAUUAGUUACUGCUGCAAAGCACGGCUACGAUGAGAUUUUUAGUGAUUUGCUGGAGUUCGGUGCAAACAUAAAUGGUGGGAGUGUCUAUACCCGCACUCCCUUGAGCUACCUCGUCCUACGAGGCCGUUGCGUUAUGGUACGUCUGUUAUUAGUUCGUGGGGCAAAUGUCAAUGCAGUUGAUGCAGAUGACUGCACGACGUUACACUCCGCCGUAAAAUGCGCACUUGCCUCCAGCCAUCUUAUUUCUCGAGAAUUGCUUGAGAGAGGCGCCGAUCCCAAUGCAGCGGACGCAGAUGGAAACACGGCAUUGCAUUUCCUCGCGAGAUAUACCCGCAAGCACAGCCAGCAUACUAGUAUCAUUCAAGAACUGGUCAAGAAAGGCGCCAACGUGCUUAGUCGCAACUCACGGCUGGAAAGCCCCGUUUUCUCGGCAUUAUCUACCGCGGUCAACAAAGGAAAUACACCCUUCGCUCGGUUCCCCAUUCAGCAUGGAGCGGACCCGGACAGGCAGAGAGCCGAUGGAAAAUCUUUACGCACAUUUGUCAAGGAGUAUAAGAAGUCAAACGUGGGCCCGAAUAGGACUAGCCGAGGAAGAAUCAAAAUCCCCUCCCAUAUGAAGGUCCUGUUCAAGGAUGUCAAGCCAGUUGAGAGCGGCACUUGCGAUACUGCGUCGGGGAAUGUGACAGACAUGCACCAGUGUACCACUAUAGCUUGA